UUUGUUAAUUCAAAGGGCUCAGGAAAGUAGGAACUAGGCUCACUUCUAAUGGCUACACAGGAAUGAGAAUUUCUCUUCUUCAGUAUCGUAUACUAUAGUGACCCACAUAGGUCGCAUCCUUGCUCCAUUAUUCUAGCUGUAAGUACCCCUCUCUCUCUCUCUCUCUCUCUCUCUCUGUGUUUACUCAGCCUUGUUGCAGUAUUCAGUUUCGUUGAUAAUGAUUUAUGUUUCUCCUUCUUCUUUUGCACCAAACCCAUUCUUUUUCCUGAAUCACGCAUUCUGUCACUGAACUCUCUCCUUCUACCACUCUUUUAGUCAUGGAUAUGAAAUGGGUUUCGAUUGUUCGCCCCUGGAAAACCCUUAAAUUACUACAUGCACUCCUCCUCUUGUUGUUGAUGCUGUUGCGUUCCGACUGUUGUCUGUGUGUUGAUGUUGACCCAGAAGACAAAGCCUCCCUUCUGCUGUUCAAAUCGUUGGUCCAAGACCCAGACCAGAGCUUGUCAAGCUGGGUUGGGUCUAACUGCACCACCUGGACCGGUCUCUCCUGUGAUAACCGGACCGGUCGGGUGGUUUCAAUCAGCCUGACGAACGUGAACUUGUCAGGCCGGAUUCAUCCCAACUUGUGCACACUUUCGUUUCUUGAAUACCUGAAUCUGUCCCAUAACUACUUUAGAUGCCCAAUCCCAUUAUGUUUUGGUAAUUUGACCAGUCUCAAAGCUAUCGAUCUUAGCCAAAAUAGGUUUUUUGGUGUUGUGCCUGACACACUCAUGGGGCUUACGAAUUUGAAAGAACUUGUUUUGAGUGGUAACCAAGAUUUGGGAGGUCCUGUUCCUUGGUGGCUUGGUAAUUUCUCAACAAAUUUGGGAAAACUUCAUCUGAGUCUCAAUUCUUUUAGGGGGGAAAUUCCUGAAAGCUUGUUGUCUCUCAGGUCUUUGAAGUAUUUGGAUCUUGGUAACAAUUAUUUAUCGGGUAAUCUUCGCGAUUUUCACCAAUCUUUGGUGGUUCUUAAUCUUGGGUCUAAUCAGUUUUCGGGAACUUUGCCUUGUCUUUCUGCUUCUACUCAGUCUAUCAACAUUUUGAACAUAGCUAACAAUGGUAUUCAGGGAGGAAUACCUACUUGUAUUGCGUCACUUCAAGCUUUGACACAUCUAAACCUGUCAUUCAAUCACUUAAGUUAUGAGAUAUCUCCUAGACUUGUGUUUUCAGAGAAGCUUCUUGUGUUGGAUUUGAGUGACAAUGAUUUGUCUGGUCCUCUACCACACAAGAUUGCUGAGACAACUGAGAAAUCGGGAAUUGUCUUUCUUGACUUAUCUCACAAUCACUUCUUUGGGGAAAUUCCCUUGAGGAUAAUGGAACUGAAAAGCUUGCAGGCACUGUUUCUUUCACACAAUCAUCUUACAGGGGAAAUUCCUGCAAGGAUUGGAAACUUGACAUAUCUCCAAGUGAUUGAUCUCUCACACAACUUGUUAUCGGGUUCCAUUCCUUUGAACAUUGUUGGAUGCUUUCAGCUACUUGCAUUGAUACUUGAUAACAACAAUCUUUCUGGUGAAAUUCAUCCAGAGCUUGAUGCAUUGGAUAGCUUGAAGAUACUAGAUAUUAGCAAUAACAAGAUUUCCGGCGAGAUCCCACUAACUUUGGCUGGCUGUAAGUCUCUGGAGUUUGUAGAUUUGAGCUCCAACAAUCUCUCUGGAAUGUUGAAUGAUGCAAUAACAAAAUGGUCCAACCUAAGGUUUCUCAACCUGUCUCAGAACAGAUUCAAUGGAAAUCUACCCAGUUGGCUCUUCACAUUCGAAGCUAUCCAAAUGGUAGAUUUCUCUGGCAACAAGUUCUCUGGCUUCAUAAUGGACAGUAAUUUCAACAUUAGCUUAAACUUCAACCGGGGAGAUAUUGGUAGAAUGCCUAGAAAGCCGUUUGUUGCAACACCUAGUGUGAAUAUCAAAGUGUCAAUGGUCGUCUCGGAUAGCAAUGAAUCAAGCUUCAAUUACUAUCUAUCUUCAACAGUUGGAAUUGAUCUAUCGAAUAAUUUGCUACAUGGAGAGAUUCCAGAGGGUCUAUUUGGAUUAGAGGGUUUGGAAUACCUGAAUCUGUCGCACAAUUUUCUCGAUGGCCAGGUUCCUGGUUUAGAGAAGAUGCGCAGUUUAGAGGCCUUGGAUUUGUCACAUAAUUCUUUAUCGGGUCAGCUCCCAGGAAACAUUUCCAGUCUUCAAGACCUGACAUUCUUGAACCUUUCUUAUAAUUGUUUCUCUGGAUUUGUUCCUAAGAAACAAGGGUAUUGGAGGUUUCAAGGUGCAUUUGCUGGAAACCCAGACUUGUGUGUGGAGAACUCCAGUGGAAGUUGUGACACAGCAAGCCUUCCAGCGGGUAAGACUUUUCAGGAUGGAAUGGUGGAAGGGCCAAUUUCUAUAUGGGUGUUCUGUUUAAGCUUUUUUGUUAGCUUCUACUUCGGAGUUGUUGCGAUAUUUUGUUCGGCUCGAACAAGAAACUACAUUCUCCAGACUAAAGUUUAAGGCAAUGUUUGUGCUGAUGAGAACUCUUUAUCUUGUACAUUCGUAUUGCUCUAUUUUAGUUGCAAGGUUUACUUUUUGUGAUUGAUUUGAUACCAAACAGCUCAAAAAGACAAAAAAGAAAGGAUAUCAGACAUUGUUAAGUGAUCUAGAUCCUAUAAUUUCAGUAUCUGAAUUGUAGGUUUA